AUGGUGAAAAGCGAAGCCAAAGCGCCGCAGCCGGCAGAGUACGCCGCCGCGCUGCUCCCGAAAGUGGAACCGAAAAAAAAGAGGUGGGAGAAGAGGAAAAAGAAGAACCCCAUCGCAAUCUCUCUCGAUCCUGACGGAAACCCAAUAGUCCCAGCGGCAGUCCCGGGCGGCGAGAAGAGUACACAUACAGUUCGGGUCGAGGUGGGAUUGGAAAACGCAGCGGCAGUCCCAACGCCGCAGCCGGCAGAGCACGCUGCCGUGCCGCUCCCAGAAGAGGCUCCGAAAAAGAAGAGGUGGGAGAAGAGGAAAAGGAAGAACCCAAUCGCAGUGUCUUUUGAUGCUGACGGAAACCCAAUUGUCGAUUCUCAAAGAUCUCUUGAAAUAAUAGUCCCAGCGCCGCAGCCGGCACAGCAUGAAGCUGCGCUGCUCCCGGAAGCAGAGCCGAAAAAGAAGAGGUGGGAGAAGAAGAAAAAGAAGAACCCAACCGUAAUGUCUCUUGAUGCUGACGGAAACGCAAUUGUCGAUUCCCAAAAAUCUGUUGAAAUAAUAGUCCCAGCGCCUCAGCCGGCAGAGCACGAAGCUGCGCUGCUCCCGGAAGCAGAGCCGAAAAAGAAGAGGUGGGAGAAGAAGAAAAAGAAGAACCCAACCGUAGUGUCUCUUGAUGCUGACGGAAACGCAAUUGUCGAUUCCCAAAAAUCUGUUGAAAUAAUAGUCCCAGCGCCGCAGCCGGCAGAGCACGAAGCUGCGCUGCUCCCGGAAGCAGAGCCGAAAAAGAAGAGGUGGGAGAAGAAGAAAAAGAAGAACCCAAUCGUAGCGUCUCUUGAUAAUGACGGAAACCCAAUUGUCGAUUCCCAAAAAUCUGUUGAAAUAAUAGUCCCAGCGCCGCAGCCGGCAGAGCACGAAGCUGCGCUGCUUCCGGAAGCAGAGCCGAAAAAGAAGAGGUGGGAGAAGAAGAAAAAGAAGAACCCAAUCGUAGUGUCUCUUGAUGCUGACGGAAACCCAAUUGUCGAUUCCCAAAAUUCUGUUGACAUAAAGGAACAAGCUUUACAGCCAGAGCCAGAGCCUAUAGGCCCAACUGCAGUCCCGCUUGAGGUGGGAUUGGAAAACCCAGUCGUUGAUUCGCCGAAAUCGAUUGAACAAACAGUCCCGAGCAAUGAGAAGGCAAUCACAGUCCCUGUUGAGGUAGGAUUGGGGAAUCUAGUUGUUAAUGCUGCGAAUAUUGAAGCAAUAGUCCCGAGCAAGAAGAGCAAGAGAAAGAAGAGCAAAACCAGAGUCUCGGGAUUGGAAAUUCCAGUUGCUGAUGCGCCAGAAGCAGUGCAGACGGGACUGAUUCCGAAACCUGAGUCGAUAGUUCCAGUAACAGUCCCGAGCACAACCACAGUCCCUGUCGAGGUGGGAUUGGAAAACCUAGUUGUUGAUGCGCCAAAAUCUGUUGAAGCAAUAGUCUGUAGCACAACAGUUCCGAGCAAGAAGAGGAAGAUAAAGAAGAGCAAAACCACAGUCCCUUUUGAGGUAGGAUUGGAAAACCCAGUUGCUCAUGCACCACAAUCUAUUGAGGUGGAACAGGCGGGACUGGUUCCGAAUCCUGAGCCGAUAGUUUCAAUGACAGUCCCGAGCACAACCAUAGUCCAUGUCCAGGGCGGAUUGGAAAACCCAGUUGAUUUGCCAAAAUGUAUUGAAGUAGAGCAUGCUGGAGUGCUUCCGAAGCCUGAGCCAGUAGUCCCAUCAACAGUGCCGAGCAAGAAGAGGAAGAGAAAGAAGAGCACAGAUAAUGUCCCUGUUGAGGUGGGAUUGGAAGACACAGUUGUUGAUGCGCCAAAACCUAUUGAAGUAGACCAGGUGGGACUGUUUCAGAAUCUGGAGCCGAUAGUCCCACUGACAGUCCCGAGCACAACCACAAUCCCUGUCGCGGUGGGAUUGCAAAACCCAGUUUUUGAUGCGCCAAAUUUUUUUAACGGAAUAGUCUUCAGCCCACUAUGUGGAAGCUCGAGAAUAUAUGAGAAAAAUAAUGACACAUCCACGUUCCCUAUCGAUGUGGAAGCUCGAGAAUAUGUUGAGAUAUGUGUCCUGUGUCGGAAAAAAGGGCAUAGCAUCCCGACUUGCCCUGAGCUGAACAACCUCCACGUGCAUAGUGGAGGCCCGAAACUUGAAAUGAAAACGAGAGAGAAGUUACCACCGAUGCCUUGGGGUAGACGGAAGAGGAAGAAAAGCAGUAGUGGUAAAUAAGUCAGUCCAUUGUGAAAGCGGGUUUGACUUCUCAGUCGCAAGAAGAAAAGGAGUUUCAUGAAGAUUUUGUGCGAUGAAAUUCAUUGGAUUUCUUCUUGUUCCCUU